AGACGCCGGACUGGGGGUGGGGGUGGAACAGCUGUUCGACUGAAACGGCAUCUGGACACCGGCGUCUUCAGGAUUCUGGCGUCUGGUGCGAUGGAAAGACCGUGGAGAACGUGCGGUAGCCGUGGGUAAUGGGGCCUGCUCCACCUCUGCCUGUACCUGUGCCUGCCGCCUUCCUGCUGUUCUCUCGACCGAGUACAGCGACGGGAACGGAACCACGACGACGAGCGAUACCCUUCAAGGAUGUGGGCGAUGCGCACGCCCUGGACGUGUCGGUGGCGGAGAGGCGCAUCUACUGGACUGACCAGAAGAACAAGUGCAUCUUCCGGGCCUUUCUCAAUGGCUCCUAUGUGCAGCGGAUCGUGGACUCGUGUCUGAUUGGGCCGGACGGCAUCCGAUGGUCCGAUGCGGAGGUUCAUCUCAUCGAGGUCGCCCGCCUGGAUGGCAGCAGUCGGCGCGUGCUCUUGUGGAAGGAGGUGGAGGAGCCCCGGUCCCUGGUCCUCGAGCCGCGCCGCGGCUACAUGUACUGGACAGAGUCGCCUUCGGGCUCCAUAAGCAGCGCCUGUAUCAGGACUACGUGUACUGGAGCGACUGAAACACCGGGGACAUUGAGCGGGUGCACAAGACGACGGGCGAGAGCCGCAGCCUGGUCCAUUCGGGCAUGACGUACAUCACUUCGCUGCUGGUGUGCAACGACAAGCGACAGGUGGCUAAUAAGUGCAAGAUCAACAACGGGAGCUGCUCCCACCUGUGCCUGGCCCAGCCCGCAGACGGGGCAUGACCUGUGCCUUCCCCACCCACUACCAGCUGGCCAAGGACGGGGUCUCCUGCAAGAACUACAUCAUCUUCAGCCAAAGGAACAGCUUCGGCCGACUGCUGCCGAAGUGCUAGUGUGCGGCAAGAAUAUCCGAUGAUCCGAUCUCGCAUUACAUUUACUGGAUCGAAGGCAGGAGUCACAGCAUCAAGCGUUCUCUGGCAAAUGGCACAAAGGUGAGCCUCUUGGCCAACUCCGGACAGCCGUUCGACAUUGCAAUCGACAUCAUUGGGCGGCUGCUCUUCUGGACCUGCUCCUACUCCAACAGCAUUAACGUGACAAGCUUCCUGGGUGAAUCCGUAGGCGUCAACGAUACCGGGGACUCGGAGAAGCCUCGCAACAUUGCCGUGCAUGCCAUUAAGCGUUUGCUCUUCUGGACAGAUGUCAGCAGCCAUCAGGCCAUCAUUCGGGCCCGAUUCGAAGGCAAUGAGCGUGUGGAGCUGGCCUACAAGCUGGAAGGAGUCACGGCGCUGGCCCUGGACCAACAGUCCGAUAUGAUGUACUAUGCCCAUGGCAAGUGAAUCAAUGUGAUAGACCUCAAAGGAAAGAACAAGAAAACCUUUGUUUCCAUGCACAUCACGCAGGUGAACAACAUUGCCGCCUUGGGGGGAUUUGUGUACUGGCUGGAUGACAAGACCGGACUGGAGUGGAUCACUGUCAACGGAUAGCGUCGUUCCGCGGAGCUGCAGCGUCUGUCGCAGUUCACCGACAUCAGUGCCGUGUGGACACCGGAUGCGAAAGUGCUGCGCAAUCACAUGGCACAGUCGCCCAAAUUGUUCCCACAUCUGCAUAGCCAGCGGGGUGUGACACGCAGUACUCACGACGUCUGCUCGUGCCCCAAGCAUCUGAUGCUACUGGAGGACAAGGAGAACUACGGCGUCUAUCCGGACAGAUAAUUUUAAGUGGCGGGAGUAGUGACAUAAAGAACGACUGUAUAUCCGCCUUCUGGCGCUGUGACGAAAGGACUGCCCGGCGGAUCAGUUCAGCUGACAGUCAACCGAGGGCAGAGACAAGACUCUGAUCUGCGAUGGUACCACCAGUGACAACUGUGACAAUGUCCACGAUGAGGCCGACUGCUGCAAGCGACCUGAGAGUUUCAGUGUCCCAUCAACCAGCUUUGCAUCGGCCGCCCUGCUCUGCUUUAAUGGCUCCAUCGAAGAAAUUAAGUAAGCAGGAAGCACGCCGUCAAGCACUCCCUUUUAAAGACUUUAAAAAUGCAAUAGAGAACCUGCCGGCUAUGCCAUAUGAGGUGCAACGCGACCAAGCUGCGGACGAAGAUGGAGCAAAAGACUAUGGAUGAGUGUGCCAGGAAUAGCUGGCGGCUCUUUUGAAAGCGUGGUUGUGUUUGUGUUUAUCUUACAGCUAUCGUGUAAAGUGACCCCACUAUCAACUUGUUCCUUCGCUUACCUUUGCGCCACCAAGAUGAAAGUAAAAUGCACAAUUUGGGAGUGGAUUACAGAGGAAGGAGGAGAUGCAAAACGAAAGAAAGAAACGUAUGAACCCAGCGAACACGAAAGUCCACCAAAGCCACCAAAUUUUCCGCCAAGGCCAAAUAAUUUUUCACCAAAGCCUAAUAGUCCACCAAAUAGUCCGCCUCCACAAACUCCCUCCAUAAGUCCAGAUCAUUAUAUCAAAAGAAUGCCUCCAACACCUAAAACGCCACCGAAAGACGACUCUGGCUCAGAUUCCGAAAUAGGAGAAUGGAGUGGAAUUGUAACCCCAAGGCACGACGUAGCCAGCGUGUCGUCAGUGCGGACGGUGGAGCUGAUUAUAAACGUUUACGGGAUUCUCCUUAAAUCAAAGUGUAAAUCCGUUUUAAAAAAAGUUAAAAAGGGGCCAUUGACGCCUGAAGACAGGAAGUUAAUCCGUUAGAUAACACCAAUCAAUCAAUAUAAGCUAAAAUCUGAAGAGCAGCCAGUAGAUUUUAAAGCCCUUCACGAUGGCCAAGCUGGAUGAACGUAUUGGCUUCAUUGGAGGCGGAAACAUGGCCUUUGCCAUUGGCAGCGGUCUCGUUCGCUGCGCCAUUGUAAAGCCUAGCCAGGUGCUGGUCUCGGGACCGCACAUCGAGAACCUUUCGCGCUGGCGGGAGCUGGGAGCCGUCACCACCGACGACAAUUGUAAGGUCCUGGAGCACACAGACGUUGUGUUCAUCUGCGUCAAGCCGCACAUCCUAGGGCAAUGCGCCUCGCAGCUCAAGUACAAGCAUGUGCCGUCCGCCAAGGAUGCCAGCAAGCUCAUUGUUUCUGUGCUGGCGGGAACAAGCCUCAAAACCCUAGAGGAAAAGUUCAACUUCAUGGAAAGUUGGGGCCCGAAGGUGAUCCGGACGAUGCCCAACACAUCGAUGCAGGUCGGCGAGGGCUGUACCGUGUACACGGGCAACGCUCGGGCAACGCACCAGGAUCUGGAGAAGGUGCACAUAAUGCUCAACGCACUGGGAUUGGCCCAGCAAGUGCCGGAGCAGAUGAUCGACGCCGUCACUGGCUUGGCUGGCUGUGGGCCAGCCUUUGUCUACACAAUAAUAGAGGCUCUGGCCGAUGGUGGUGUCAAGCAGGGUGUGCCACGGGCAAUGGCGCUGCAGUUUGCAGCUCAGACCUUACUGGGCGCCGCCAAGACUGUUCUUAUCACCGGCAAGCACCCGGCCGUGCUGCGCGAUGAGGUCUGCUCACCCGGCGGAUCCACCAUUGUGGGUGUGCACGAGCUGGAAAAGGGCAAUCUCAGGGCCACUCUCAUAAAUGCCGUGGAAAAGGCGACUCAACGCUCAACCGAGCUGGGAAAGAAGUGAGCGGCGUCGGUCGAACGUCUCCCCAUGCUCUCUAUUUACAGUAUGCAGUUGCAACAAACUUUAUGUUGCUAUUAUAAUUAUGAUACAAGUGUCAUGCGUUUGAUUGAGUUUCAAGAUGUUUCAGUUAUAAUCAUUGUACAAGCGAAGCAUGUACGUAAUGAGUAAUAUGUAAUUCUUAAGCAGCUGUUGUUGAGUAGAAAGUUAAAGGAAAAUAAGCUGUUAAAUUUGUUGCGAUACGCCAGGGCAUUUCUAAAUGAUUUCUAAAUAAUAUAAACGUUUGACUUUA